AUGGUGACCACGGCAGGCGUGCUCUCGUCUCUCCCAUGGCCAGCUGCGAAGCGCUGGUUUGCCGCUCUCAAGCCCUCCGGACAGACCCUGCGACCGCGCACUGCCCAGCCCUACCACGCAGCUGUGUGGCCCUCGUACGGCACCACCACGCCUGUUCCCGACCGCCACGACGUGAGCCUCGCCAGGUCGCCGUUUCUCUUCGAGACGGGAUACGCCCUUUGCGCUAAGCGCCCGUCUCGACCGUUCCCCCCACCGUUCCUGUCCCCUCCGUCCUCCUCCUUCUCCGAUCCCCUCACCACCCAUUCUCUAAGCCAGGACAAGCGCCUGUCCGUCCAGGGAGAGCUGAUCCGCGGCCUGAACAAUGGCGACGAUGCGAUCAUCGUUGCGGAGAACUUUCUCGGCGUCGACGACGGCGUAGGCGCCUGGGCGACCAAGCCCCAUGGCCAUGCAGCCCUGUGGUCGAGACUGCUACUGCAUUUCUGGGCCCUGGAAAUCGAGCGCCGAGUCACUUCCAAUGCGACCACCGUCGACCCGAUCGAAUACCUCCAAUCCGCAUACGAAGAAACCUUCCAAGCAACAACUUCCCCAACCGAGUGGUAUGGGACCACGACCUCUGCCACGGCCCUUCUCCACUGGAACCGCGAACCAGAUGGCACCCAGAAACCCCUACUCUACGUCACGAACCUGGGUGAUUGCAAGAUUAUGGUGAUCCGACCCAGCGAGCAGAAGAUUCUCUUCCGAACGGCGGAGCAGUGGCACUGGUUCGACUGCCCGAUGCAGCUCGGGACCAACAGCGUUGACACCCCCCGCAAAGACGCCGUGCUUUCCAAGAUCGCCCUCCAAGAAGACGAUCUGGUUCUAGCCGUGUCCGACGGAGUCAUGGAUAAUCUGUGGGAACAUGAAGUCCUGAAAGUCGUUCUGGACAGUCUAAAAAAAUGGGACGAGGGACGGAUGGAGCCGGGUGAUCUGGCUCCUCCUUCAGAUUUGUCGAAUGACCGGAUGGUCUAUGCCGCGCGAGAGCUUCUAAAUGCAGCUCUGAAUAUCGCCCAAGACCCUUUUGCGGAGAGUCCAUUCAUGGAGAAGGCAGUCGACGAAGGAUUGGCCAUCGAGGGAGGAAAGAUGGACGAUAUCUCAGUCGUGAUUGCCUCUUGCAAGAAGCGGGCUGGAUGA